UUGGACCAGAAAGAUUUAGGGCGGAGAGGCAGUCCUCCGAAAGGGGCUGGCCCUAGAGUGUGGGUGGGGUCUGCGCUGCCGCAUCACAGGCAAAGUGGGCUGUGGAGAUGCGGGGCACGAGCUGCGUGGGCGGCGGUGGCGAGAGCCCGGGUAGUUCAGGGCUGAGCGAAGGCCCGCGGGGUCGCUGGCUGCGCCUGGCCCCUGUCUGCGCCUACUUCCUCUGCGUCUCGUUGGCCGCGGUGCUGCUCGCUGUCUACUACGGUCUCAUCUGGGUUCCCAUGCGGCCCCACGCGGCCCCCGCAGGCCUGCAGCCGAGUGCGCCCUCCCCUCUGUGCGCUGCCCGCCAGGGUGCGCCGCCUGCACCGGCGCCCGCCGCUGCCUCCGUCUCUUGCCUCCUAGGAGUCCUUGGCGGGCCGCGACCCCAGCUUGAGCUGCCACGCAGCCGCCGCCACAGCGACCCCAGCCACCGCCCAAGCCACCAGAUGCCCCGGGAGACGCAGGAAACCGUGGAGGGGCGAGGACCGGGGUAACCAUCCCUUCCACCCCAAGUCGGCCGGACCGCCGGCCCUCAAGAGGACGUGCCCCCACCGUGGAUGCAGGGUCCAGGCUGGGCCAAGACUCUCUUCAUGAAAUCGCCUGGUGCCUCUGGAGCUGUCAUCCUCACGAAUGGGGGGGUGAAGGGGAGCUGGCUCGGGGCCUCGCCCUUCGCAGCAUCUCCGGUGUCUGGCUGGGUUCUCCACCAUCUGGCAGAACACAUCCUGACCUCUCUCUCUCCCCCGACCUUCCCUCCAUAGGAUCUGAGCACAGAGCCCACAGCCGCCCCCCCCCGCCCCCCCUGGAUUGCGGUGUCCUUAGGCUCACCUGCAAUAAACUCCUGUCCCAACUGC